GAGACGGAAAAGAGUUCUUGACGGGAGGAGGCGAGAGAAAGGCGAAGUGAAGAUGGCGAGAGGCUCCCGGUGUUUGAGAAGAGCGGUAGUGGAGUGUAUCAGAAACCUGCCAUCCACAGCCAGUCGAGAAACACCUGGCAGGAAUGGAGUGAGAUAUCUGUCUUCAUGUGGGAUUCUGAUGACCCGGGUGCCGCCCCUCUUCAGGGCUGUGUCGGGUCGUGCUGUAGUGGCUCCAACAAGGAGCUUCUUCAACUUCUCGGAGACCUUUAACAAGAGAAAGGAGUACUCUGAAAGACGUAUCAUUGGGUACUCAAUGCAAGAAAUGUAUGAGGUUGUGGCCAAAGUAGAAGACUACCUGCUGUUUGUGCCCUGGUGCAAACGCUCAGACGUUAUAUUCAGCCGCUCUGGAUUUUGCAAGGCCAAGCUGACUGUGGGCUUCCCUCCUGUGGUAGAAAACUACACUUCGCUCAUUACUACAGUUCGCCCGCAUUUAGUCAAGGCAUCUUGCUCUGAUGGAAAACUUUUCAGUCACUUGGAGACGGUGUGGCGCUUCAGCCCUGGUCUUCCUGGCUACCCCCGUACAUGCACCCUUGACUUUGCUAUUUCCUUUGAGUUCCGCUCGCUCCUGCAUUCUCAGUUGGCCACAGUUUUCUUUGACGAGGUCGUGAAGCAGAUGGUGUCUGCCUUUGAGCGGCGAGCGGGCAAGCUAUACGGCCCGGAGACACAGAUCCCACGCGAACUGAUGUUCCACGAGGUCCAUCACCCGUAGUUCAUUCCACAGCUUCAGACGGAUGGGGAGGGGGUUGUUGUUUCAGGGAACUGGGGGUUUUAUUGAAAGUGUACAUUUAAGAGUAUUACAAAGACAGCUGAGAGAGCGGGAGCUCUGUGUGCCUGUAUAUCGUCAGUGCCUGGUCCAAAAAACCAAACCAAACAGUUAAAAAAAAAAAAAACCUAAC